CUGAGUGCAGGCUACAGUGCUAGCUGCGGUCCCUGCGCCCCGCGCGAGAGCGCGAUGGGCAAGUGGUGCUUCGGGCGAAAGUCGGGCCGCACACUCGGACUCCUGAUGCUGGUGAUCUUGAGUUUCCUGGUGUUCCGCAGGUUGGAUUGGUAUAGUCUGAUCCCUGCAUGGCUAAGACACAGGCAGUCAGGGCUGCAGGCCAAUGGCCAGUACUUCAUGCUGGAGGACUCCACUUUCUGGAUCUUCGGGGGCUCCAUGCACUAUUUCCGGGUGCCCAAGGAAUACUGGAGGGACCGCUUGCUGAAGAUGAAAGCCUGUGGCUUGAAUACCCUCACCACCUAUGUUCCAUGGAACCUCCAUGAACCAGAAAGAGGCAAAUUUGACUUUUCUGGGAACCUGGACCUGGAGGCCUUUGUGCUGAUGGCUGCGGAGAUCGGGUUGUGGGUGAUUCUGCGUCCAGGCCCCUAUAUCUGCAGUGAGAUUGACCUCGGGGGCCUGCCCAGCUGGUUACUCCAAGACUCUGGCAUGAGGCUGAGAACAACUUACAAGGGCUUCACCGAAGCAGUGGACCUUUAUUUUGAUCACCUGAUGUCCAGGGUGGUGCCACUCCAGUACAAACAUGGAGGCCCCAUCAUUGCUGUGCAGGUGGAGAAUGAAUAUGGUUCCUAUAACAGAGACCCCGCCUAUAUGCCUUAUAUCAAGAAAGCCUUGGAGGACCGAGGUAUCGUGGAAUUGCUCUUGACUUCAGACAACAAGGAUGGCCUGCAAAAGGGAGUCAUGGAUGGAGUGCUGGCCACCAUCAACUUGCAGUCACAGCAUGAGCUGCAGUUAUUGACCAACUUUCUCUUAAGUGUGCAGAGGGUUCAGCCCAAGAUGGUGAUGGAGUACUGGACAGGGUGGUUUGACUCAUGGGGAGGCCCACACAACAUCCUGGAUUCUUCUGAGGUUCUAAAAACAGUGUCUGCCAUCCUCGAUGCUGGCUCCUCCAUUAACCUCUACAUGUUCCAUGGAGGUACCAACUUUGGCUUCAUAAAUGGGGCCAUGCAUUUUCAUGAAUAUAAAUCUGAUGUCACCAGCUAUGACUACGAUGCAGUGCUGACAGAGGCCGGGGAUUACACAGCCAAGUACUUCAAGCUCCGAGGUUUCUUUGGCUCUCUUUCAGGUGUCCCUCUUCCUCCCCAACCUGACCUUUUUCCCAAGACUGCAUAUGAGCCCUUGAGACCAAAUUUAUACCUGUCAUUGUGGGAUGCCCUGCAGUACAUGGAGGAGCCAGUCAAUUCUGAAAAACCAGUCAAUAUGGAAAACCUGCCAAUAAACAACGGAAAUGGACAGUCCUUUGGGUACACUCUGUACGAGACCACCAUUGCUUCAUCGGGCAUCCUCAGUGGUCUUGUGCGUGACCGCGGACAGGUAUUUGUGAACACAGUGUCUGUAGGAUUCUUGGACUAUGAAAGGAAGAAGAUUGUUAUUCCCUUGAUCCAGGGUUACACCAGGCUGAGGAUCUUGGUGGAGAAUCGCGGGCGAGUCAACUACGGGGAUAACAUUGAUGACCAGCGCAAAGGUUUAAUUGGAAAUAUCUAUCUGAAUGAUUCUCCCCUGAAAAAAUUCAGAAUCUACAGUCUGGAUAUGAAAAAGAGCUUUUUUCAGAGGUUCGGCGUCGACAAAUGGAGCCCUAUCCCUGAAGUACCUACGUUCCCUGCUUUCUUUUUGGGUGCCUUGUCAAUUUCCCUUUCCCCUUUUGACACCUUCAUGAAGCUGGAGGGCUGGGAGAAGGGGGUUGUAUUCGUCAAUGGCCAAAACCUUGGACGCUACUGGAACAUUGGACCCCAGGAGACCCUCUACCUCCCAGGUGCCUGGUUGGACCAAGGCAUCAACCAGGUUAUUGUUUUCGAGGAGAAGAUGGCAGGCCCUGUGAUACAGUUCACUGAGACACCUCACCUAGGCAGGAGCCAGUACCUUGAUUGAGUGGCGCCGUCCUGCGCCCCCUGGUGGCAGGAAGCAGGAGAGCACCACCAUCCUCCCAGCUGACCAGAGGCUGGUGCUCUGCUCCCUCACACGCUCCCAUGCAGGAGAGUCUCUUUAAGUAGCAUCCUCAGGCAGCCACGUGGCUACAGCAAGGCCCACCAAUUCAGUUCAAGACCCUAAAUUUGGAAGAACUAAGGAAGAAAAGUGGAAUAGGGAGGAGGGACCCCCUCCUUACCUAAGUGGCUUCGUGACUGGGCUUUGUUGCGGGCACCUUUCCUACUUCCCUUCUUUUCUGGGAGAUGAGAGAGGGAUGCCUCUCUAGGGUAGGAAUGUCUAAUCAGAUGUCCACGUGAUGAUUUCUGGGGCCCUAAGUUGGGCAUGACUUCUAGACACAAGUUUGCUCCUAUGAUGUUCUCACCUGUGCUCAGCCACGCCACUCCUGGCCCCUUUUCAUCUGAAACAGAAGGUUUGUCACCAUUUGUAGAGGAUAGGGAAGCUGGUGGAUGUCUCACCUGAAUCAUUUUUGUUCUUCUCAACCCUCCCCAAGCCUUCUCUGGGAUUCUGGAAGAAAUUCUGUUUGAGAGACACACACGUCUUCUCCUCAUUUCCACUCUAAUUGCAUCUGACAGGAUGACAAGCCAAGCUUAGGAGAAACAGAAAUACUCAGCCACUUACUUUCCUGAAUUAGAGAGUAUUUCCAGUUUUAUUCAGUGAGAAGAAGCAUCAGCUGAGGAGGGAAUGCAGAGCCUAGUAGGAACCACACCCUGAUCUGUAGGCCCAGCUCCAGGGGCCAGGGCAGGUAGUCUCCCCGGAAUGCUGGUGUAGCCAUGGGGCCUGCAGGCCUAUCCCAGAUCUGCCGCCAGCUCAGUCUCUCUCCCUCAGCUUCCUGUAACUAAGCAGCAGGGAGGAGAGGCAGCCUUGCUUUGCAAUUGUCUGGCCAAGUUUGAGGCACUUGUUCUAGGGUUUGAAUCCACUGGGUUAGCUCUGGUUCACUGUCCUGAAUUGCAAUAAAGCAACACAGUUGAAGCAAACCCUUUUUGGUGAUACUUUUCUGAUCUGUCUGUGCCCCUGUUUAUCACAGACAAAGGCAUUGUGGGGUCAGGCACCCAUUUAGCCCAUCUGUUACUCAAGGCCUAGACACUGACUUUACCCGGUUAGGGGAUGAUCUAGCCCCUGACUCCUUACCACCUUCCUCCUGACCUUCAUUCUGCCUGAAAUGUCAUCAUGGAUCAGAAGUGCCCUUGGGGAGGAGAAGUCAUAUACAGAUCCGUUCUGGUGCUGGUGGGCAGGUGGUAAGAAUGGGCUGGAUAGCCAAGAGCUCUCCCUGUGAGUUAGCGGGUGAGUUUUCCUCACAUAUAACAUCUGGGCUGUACUGCCACAAAUGUAUUGUCUUCGAUAAUAAUCAAAGUUAGAUAGCCAACACCUCCUCGGGACAGUGCCCGCACCAGGAGCCCAUAAAGACCUUUGGGGAAUAGCAGGCCAUGAGGCUCCCAGCAGCCCCAUGGCUCACAUCUUGGGCUUGGCUAAAGAAGGGGGCAUUUGUAGUGUGAAGCCACUGGGCCCAAGAACUGAGCCUAGGUCAGGGACAGACAGUUACAAGGGGCUGGGCCCGAUGGUCCACUAUUGGCAGAGAAAUGGAGCUUAUUAAAGUGAAUUUCAUGGACAAUGGUUGGGGAGCCAGAUACAGGUAAAGUCCCCAGUCUUGCUCAAACUCAUCUGCUAUUCCUGAACUGCCUUGGAAUGGAAAGCACAGAGCUAACACACAGGUGAGACCAGGGCUUGGGCAUGGCCAGCACUGGGGAGCAGUGUCCUUGCACCUUACUUCACAACUGAGCAUGAUUUUACAAAGGUGUAUGUAAAAGUUGGCUUCUGCUGGAAAAUGUGAUAGCGAACCGGUGUUUAAAUGAAUCUUACAGUGACCCUCCUGUAAAGUGAAGAAACCCCUUGAAUUGCUUUUAUCCAAAUCUGUGCAGGGCUGCAUUGGUCCUCUUGUACCAGCUUACUGUUCUUGACCUUCUUAUCUGCCAGCUCACUCUGCGGCUUCUCUCUGUCGAAGCCCCUUGGCAGAGCUCAUCUUCCAGAGUUUAUUCAUGGCUUGUCCAGACCUUCUCUACCGGAUGGCCUCAUUACAGAGUUUUUAGAAGACUCCUCAUAACCCUCAUUUCUAACUGCUAAAGGUCUCCAGGCCUGCUCCUUGGGCCUUUUCUUCUCUCUGUCCACACUUAGUGGGUGGCCUUACUGGCUGGGGGUUUGUAAAGGGCCUCAACAUGCGUGCUCGCUGAUGUUUCUCUCCAGCCAACUCCAGGCCCACUCGCUGUCCACUCACCUUCUCUCCUGCGUGUGACACCAAACUCUGGUGUCUCCCCUGUGAUCCCUCCUGCACUCCGCCCCGUAGCAGGAAAUGGCAAUUCUAUUCUGUGUCUCAGAUUAGUGUUGGCUCCUUUCUUUCAUACUGCGUAGCCACUCCAUCAGGUGAUUCUCCUGGCUGUACCUCAGACACGUCCAGAACAAGAGCCUCUGCCCCACUCUAUGCCCCAAGGUUUACCCUUCUGACUCACCGUCAUCUCUCGCGGGAUCACGGCAGGAGUGGCCUCCCCUAGCCUGCCCUGCCCUCUGUUUAUUGUCAGCUCAGGAAGGGGAGCGGUUUCUUUACAGCCAGUUAGAUCAUAUUGGUCAUUUGCUCCAAACGCUUCAAUGGCUCCAGUUCCCUUUUCACUCAGGGGAGAAGCCAAAAGCUUCGCCCCGGUUCCCAGGGCCAACGUCUUCUGCACCCUCCACUAACUGCGUUCAUCCCACCCCCCAUCCUACCCCCUCCCAUCUUGCCGGUCAGUUGCAGGCACACUGGCCUUUUUGCUGAUCUUUAAACAUGCGAAGUACUCUCCGCAUGGGAGCGAGAUCUUUUCUGGAAAGCUCUGACCCAGGUUAACUGCAUGUCUGCACACUGCUGCUCUGCUUUGUCCCCUUAUCAGAGAGGCUCUUCUCACGACCCUAGAGAGCGCGGAUCAGCUCCUCAGCUACACUCUAAAAUGACACCCCCAUCCGGUCUCAUACUUCUCCUUAGACCAGAUCACAUCUGAAAUCCCAUAGAUUUGUGUAGUGUCCACCUGUCUCGUUUCCCAAGGAGGGAAGUUCCAUGAAGACAAGAGCUCUGGUUUUUCACUGCUCUGUGCUAGCUUCUAGAGUAAUGCCUGCCAAAUGAAUACCUGUUGGAUGGUUGAAACAGGAUAUAAGAAUAAAGUAAGGCAGGGCUGCGGAGGAUUAGGGCUGUUAAAAACCAUGUUUGACUUUUAAUUUUGGAAACAAAUUAAAUACAGUUAAAUUAAAACAGACCAGAUGGUGCAGCUGCACGGGCUCACCCUCACCCCAGGCUCUGUUCUUGGGGCUCCGAGCCCCCAGCCUCACUCCUUUGUGGUGGGGAGCAGGAACAGACUGGGUCUGGGAAACAAAUUGUAGUCAUGGACCCAACUCUGAUUUGGAAAAAAACUCAUUCCCAACAAAGAUGAAAGCUGCAGUCCACCAGGGUUAUAAUUAUAAAUAAAUACACAUGCAGCUAAGAGAGGCUAUUAGGCGAAAAUGACGGAAAUAGCAUCUGUCAAAAAAACAAAAACAAAAACAGAGAGAGGAUAUCCCAUUUUGUUGUUCAUUAUCAAUUUCCUGAAAAAUGAGCCCUGGGUUUUUGGCUAAGAAGGUGGCCUAAGACCAGCCAGGCUGACCUGAGCAUUCAGGGCUGGUUUUGGUGAGUGAGGCAGUGCCGUGCCUGGGCAUGAAUUCACU